AUGAAGCUAACGGACAAUGUGCUGCGGAGCUUCAGGGUUGCUAAGGUGUUUCGAGAGAACUCAGACAAAAUUAAUUGCUUCGAUUUCAGUUCAAACGGAGAAACGAUCAUUUCCAGCAGUGAUGACGACUCGUUAGUGUUGUAUGACUGCCAAGAGGGAAAACCGAAGAGGACUCUUUACAGUAAAAAGUAUGGAGUGGAUCUGAUCAGGUACACGCAUGCUGCAAACACAGUGGUCUACAGUUCCAACAAAAUCGACGAUACCAUUCGGUAUUUGUCCCUUCAUGACAACAAAUAUAUCCGGUACUUUCCUGGACACAACAAAAGAGUGACAUCUCUGUCCAUGUCUCCUGUGGAUGACACAUUUAUUUCUGGCUCAUUAGACAAAACCAUCAGACUGUGGGAUCUGCGAUCACCAAACUGUCAGGGGUUGAUGCACCUGCAGGGGAAGCCUGUCUGCUCUUUCGAUCCAGAGGGUCUCAUUUUUGCUGCUGGAAUAAACUCAGAGAUGGUUAAACUCUAUGAUCUGCGGUCAUUUGAUAAGGGUCCCUUUGCAACCUUCAAGCUUCAGUACGACCGGACAUGUGAGUGGACGGGACUAAAGUUUAGUAACGACGGGAAACUCAUCCUGCUUUCUACUAAUGGAGGAGCCCUCCGCAUCUUGGAUGCUUUUAAGGGGGCUGUCCUGCAUUCAUUUGGGGGCUACAACAACAGUAAAGGUGUAACCCUGGAGGCCUCUUUCACUCCCGAUUCUCAGUUUGUAAUGAUCGGCUCUGAGGAUGGUAAGAUUCACGUUUGGAACGCAGAGAGCGGCAUGAAGGUGGCUUUACUCGACGGGAAGCACACAGGUCCCAUCACCUGUCUGCAGUUCAACCCCAAGUUCAUGACGUUUGCCAGCGCCUGCUCCAACAUGGCCUGUGCCCCGGCCCGGACGGGUUACUCAGAGCUAAAUUUGGGCCAGUGGUGAUCAGGUUCCUCUCUCUGUGUGCAUACGAUACUCACCCAGAUACUUGAGCAAUGUCCCAUCUCACACUGUGGCACACUCACACGGUCCAGACUCCGUCGGAGAGCCUCCUCUUCAGCGGGCAGUGCAGCGCUCGCACUCUCAACCUCAAGUGAAGGACGCUUUUCGGCCGUGCUUUAGCCCCUGACGCUGGAUAUUUUGUUGCCUCGGACCCCCGAUUCCAACUGCUUCUCGAUCUUCAUCGAGCUGUGCCGAAGACCCCGGCGGGAGGACGACGCCGUUGACCCGCCAUGUUUCUCGCACUAGUGGUGACGCCAGAGCUGAGGCAGUUUCUGGCCAGGGCAAGAGGCGGAGCAGUGCGCCUCAUCAAGGUGUGCAUCCAGGACGAGCAGCUGGUGCUAGGGGCCUAUAGAGAGCCGAAACAUAGCUGGGACCAGGAUUAUGACCACUUCCUGCUUCCUCUGCUCAACGACCAGGAGCCCUGCUACAUUCUGUACCGCCUUGACUCCCAGAAUGCUCUGGGCUAUGAGUGGCUCUUCCUGUCGUGGUCUCCUGAUCAGUCUCCGGUGAAACAGAAGAUGUUGUACGCCGCCACCCGGGCCACGGUGAAGAAAGAGUUUGGUGGCGGCCACGUGAAACACGAGCUGUUUGGCACCACAGAGGAGGACAUGUGUUUACAGGGUUACCAGCGCUAUGUGUCGUCCUGCUCGGGCCCGGCCCCGCUCACAUUAGCCGAGCAGGAGCUCCAGCGGAUCAAAAUCACAGAGGGCCACGUUAAACAGGUGAAGGCAGAGAUCAGCGUGGAGAGCAAGCACCAGACCCUCCAAGGCCUGGCCUUUCCCCUGCAGGAGACGGCCAGAAGAGCCCUGCAGCAGCUCUCCCAAAAACGCGUCAACUAUGUGCAGCUGAGGCUGGACGUAGAGAAGGAGACCAUCGAGCUGGUCCAUGCGAACCCAACGGAGACCCGGGAUUUGCCUCGCAGGGUUCCCAAAGACACUCCCAGAUACCACUUUUUCCUGUACAAGCACUCUCAUGAAGGAGACUACCUGGAAUCUGUUGUGUUCAUUUACUCCAUGCCCGGAUACAGCUGCAGCAUUAAGGAGCGGAUGCUGUACUCCAGCUGCAAGAGUCGACUUCUCGAGGAAGUGGAGAAAGAUUACAAUUUGGAAAUCUCUAAAAAGCUGGAGAUCGACGAUGGGGACGAACUGACAGAGGAAUUUCUGUACGAUGAGGUCCAUCCCAAGCAGUAUGCUCACAAACAGGCCUUUGCAAAGCCCCGGGGUCCCGCAGGAAAAAGGGGACAUAAGCGUCUUAUUAAGGGGACCGGAGAGGCCAUACAGGACAGCUAGAGGCAGAUUGAAACAGAAACCUCUCGCAGUCGAGUUGCAGUUCAUGGCUUUUGUCCCCAUUUCUCUACUCGGCUUAUUAUGUGCUGGAGAACAAGCACUGUGAUGAUUUUCAUCUGCUGUUUCUGCACUGAAACACAUGUAACAUAUAAGAAAUGCAAUUUUGGUUGAUACGUUCUGAUAACUUAAUCAGCCUCUCGUGGUAUGUUUGUAAAAAGGACUCUGAUAAAAUAAGAAAACAGUUUACAGUGUAGCGUCAUGUAGAGAUAUCAAACAAAGACUCAGUAAUGCACACAGAUUGCCUCUUUAUUAUAAUAAAAUAAUCUGGUUUUCUGUGUUUGCAAUCUGCAGUUUACAAAACAAUACUGACUUGAAAGUGCACAAUUAAGCGUUUCAGUCCAGCAUUAAAUACAAGUUUUGUAUCAACGAUGUUUGUACAAAGUUAACAACUUAAAAGGAUAUUCCCAAUAAAAUGUUGUUUAUACUGUUUGUUUUUGUUGGUUCAGAUUUACGUUAUUGUGUGUUUCAAGAUAUUCAACAUGGUUUUUUACUGGCCGCAAACAAGAUGAGAUAAUUACAUGUCCUAUUAAAGAAAACAAGCUGCUUACAGACAAACAGUGAUGAUCAACAGAUACACAAGCUGUUAAUCAAAAACUGUCCCGAUUUAAAAAGAAUGAAAAGCAUUUUGAGAUGGGGAGAGUGAUGUGUUUUGAAUGGGAAAUGAGAAACCAUACCAUGACAUUAAGAGUAUCACUUGCUGAUUUCCUUAAAACUGCUUCGUCCUGUUAUCGCUGAAUUGGAACCAGUGUGAAGCUGCAGCUACAGGCGGUGUGGGAUUUUCCAUUUUUGUAAAAAAAAGAUUUCCUUUGUUUCCAACAAGCCUGAACAAAACACA